AUGUCCUGCCAGCAGAGCCAGCAGCAGUGUCAGCCCCCUCCCAAGUGCACCCCUAAGUGCACUCCCAAGUGCCCCGCCCCUAAGUGUCCCCCAAAGUGUCCCCCUAAGUGCCCUCCAGUCUCUUCCUGCUGCAGUGUCAGCUCCGGAGGCUGCUGUGGCUCCAGCUCUGGGGGCUGCUGCAGUUCUGGGGGAGGUGGCUGCUGCCUGAGCCACCACAGGCACCGCAGGUCCCACUGCCACAGACCUCAGAGCUCUGACUGCUGCAGCCAGCCAUCGGGGGGCUCCAGUUGCUGCGGAGGGGGCAGCGGCCAGCAUUCUGGAGGCUGUUGCUGAAGUGG